CUUUUGAACACGUGCACAAUGUCUGAAAAUAAUUUACAGAAGGAACAAGUCGAAGAGCCGUUGCUUCAGGACAAUCCCAACAGAUUUGUCUUGUUUCCACUAAAGUUCCCUGACAUAUGGAAAUUCUACAAGAAAUCUGUGGCAUCCUUUUGGACGGUCGAAGAAGUGGACCUGGGAAAUGACUUAGUCGAUUGGGAAAAACUGAACUCUCAAGAAAAACAGUUCAUUUCACAUGUUCUGGCGUUCUUCGCAGCCAGUGAUGGCAUAGUUGGAGAGAACUUGGUCGAAAGGUUCUAUCGGGAGAUACAAGUUCCCGAGGCAAGAUGUUUCUACGGAUUUCAAAUCGCCAUGGAAAACAUUCACUCCGAAAUGUACUGUCUGUUAAUUGACACUUACAUCAGGGACCCAGGAGAGAAGGAGAAGGUUUUCAAUGCUAUUGAAACUUUCCCCUGUGUUAAAAAAAAGGCACAGUGGGCAUUUAAAUGGAUGGAUAAAAGUUCUACAGCUACUUUUGGUGAAAGAGUUGUUGCGUUUGCGGCUGUCGAGGGGAUAUUCUUCUCUGGUGCGUUUGCAUCAAUUUUUUGGAUCAAGAAAAGAGGCCUAAUGCCUGGUCUGACAUUUUCUAAUGAGUUGAUUUCCAGGGACGAAGGCCUUCACUGUGAUUUUGCAUGCCUGAUUUUUUCGCAUUUAAGGCAGAGGCCAAGCGGAGAACGGGUUAGCGAGAUUGUAUGUGAUGCGGUUGCCAUAGAGAAAGAAUUCUGGAUAGGGGCCUUACCGUGUCGUUUGUUGGGUAUCAAUUGCCACUCCAUGGCAGAGUACAUUGAGUUUGUUGCCGACAGGCUGUUGGUGGCAUUGGGACUUGAAAAGUAUUAUAAAACGAAAAAUCCUUUCCCAUUUAUGGAAAACAUUUCUUUGGAAGGCAAAGCUAAUUUUUAUGAGCGGAAAGUUUCAGAGUAUCAAAAAAGUGGAGUCAUGAAUGAGAGAUGGGAAAAUUUUGUAUUCACCCUUGAUGCUGAUUUUUAGUAAGCAGGUGUUUAUAUAAUGUGAACACUAGCCCUAUCUCAAAUUCACUCAUGAAAACCCGUCAUGUUAUAGCGUGUUUUCAAAUGAUGUCAGGAGCAGGAAUUGCGUCGUGGUGAGAACGCUUGCCUGCCAUCAAAGUAGCCUGGCAGGUUUUAUUUCAACCCUGUGUCAUGUGUGGUUUGAGUUUGUUGUUGGUUCUCCCCUUGCUCUGAGAGUUUUUCUCCAGGUUCUCCAGUUUUCCUCCCUCGACAAAAACCAACCUGACCAAUUUCCAAUUCAACCUGAAUAGACCUGCAUGAAAACCAGCUAAGGGCUGAUGUGACUUCCUCUCUAAGUAUUGUAAUUUAUAUAUUAUUUAUUGAUGUCAAAGCAGUCACAUUGGUGUCAUAAAACAAUGGAACCUGAGUCCUGCACAUUGGUGUAGCAAACCAAUCCUGUGAGAGUUGAGCUCUUUUCUUGUGUAAACACUUUCUUUUAUUUCAAUAAAUUUUCACAGCCUCUGGCCACAUGAGUGUGUAAUAAGGUCUCUCUCUAUAACUUUUAUAAGGGCAGAUUCACCAAUUUAAAAAGCUAGUUUGUGAGAUAAAGAAGUGCCCUUCUUCUCUUUUCCUUUCCCUUUCCUACCUUAAUUCUUUUCCCGUGAAGUUACUGUGUGCAGGCUAAAGAGAAAAAAAAAAAAAUCAUUGAUUGCAUUAACUGGGAGGAUAAAAAUCAAAUGCAGCAAUCCAAAGUAGAAAAAAAAAAAAAA